UGAACAUCAUCAAGAUACAUAUAAGUAUAUAUAUUACUUGGAUGUAUCUCAAAUCGUCUUGUCAUCUUCCCAAAAUCGAGGUCUGGAGUCUGAGGUCGGUGGUCCCGACUGUGAUGCAGAGCUCAGGGAUGGCGGAAAACAAGCUUCCUGAUUCGUCGACGCGUUACACCUCUCCGGCCUCCACCAUUUUACAUGGCAUGGUUCUGUACACACACGAUAGGUUGAUACAGCAGCAUAGGUCCACGAUUCCAGCCAGCUUCAGCACCAGCUAAACAUCAGCCAAAAUCUUUCCACAACAUCGCCGCGAGCCCACUCCUCCUACUCUUCUCUCAGUAAAUCAAUCGCGCGUCAACCCACUACGAAUCUCCAGGUCAUUGCGGCAUCAACCCUCUCGUAAAGUGGCCGCAUCCACCAUCCAAAGAUGGCGCCGCGCCGCGGUGCUGAGGUCGAGGUGGAAGUAGAGGAAGCCGCAGAGGGGCAGUCGUUGCAAUUCAAUGAACCAUUAUCAUGGCGCGCCGGAAAACCCAUUGCCACGGCAGAGCUGUUGAGAAGAUUGGAGGCGCUUGCGGAUGAGUUGCGCGAUAUGGACCAGGAGGAAGUGGACAAGGAGUCCUUCAAAACUGUCGCAAAGGAGCUCUCGGGUCAGAACCUCUUGUCCCAUAAAGAUAAAGGGGUUCGCGCAUAUGUAGCAUGUUGCCUUGUGGAUUUAUUGAAGCUUUGCGCUCCCGACGCGCCAUUCAGCGCAUCAAAACUAAAGGUACGCACGCUCACUUGACACAGGUAUAAGCGCCCAACUAACAUAGCUUCAGGAUAUCUUCACUCUCUUCAUAACCCAAAUAUUGCCCGCUCUAUCAGACCCAUUGAACGCGUAUAACACUCAACAUCGAUAUGUGCUACUCUCGUUGACUGAGGUCAAGAGCAUUGUUCUCUUGACGGACAUCCCAAAUUCCGAUGCCCUCACCCUCCACCUUUUCCACACCUUUUUCGAUAUCCUUUCCGGCACCUCCAAGUCCUCUACAGGGGAAGCAAUAGCCAAAGAUGUCGAAUACAAUAUGGGUCAGAUGCUUGUCAUAGUGGUGGACGAAGCCGCAAGCUUGCCCCCGGAUGUAAUAGAUGCUAUAGCCGCUCAGUUCUUGCGGGCAGCAUCUUCAGGUGGUGGCAAGAAGCAUGGUGAACGUGCGGAUGACAAGCAAUCUACUCUGCUGUUGAAAGAGCUUCCCGAGUCGUACAAUAUGGCCAAGACGAUUUGCAACUCGUGCCCAGAGAAAAUGGCUCGCUACAUCAGUCAAUUUUUCAACGACGUCAUUCUCGAAUCUUCACCAGGUGUGUCGAAAACAAAUGGCCAUCGAAGAACAAGUGAUGCGGUUGAUUCAGAGGAAGAUGAGGCACCCACUGGCCCUUCAGAUGCCGAUAUGCGAGAGCUUCAUAAGGCGCAUAGACUCUUACGCGAAUUGUGGCGAGCAUCGCCCGCAGUUCUGCAGAAUGUAAUACCUCAAUUGGAAGCAGAACUUUCCGCUGAUAAUGUACAACUUCGACUUCUGGCAACAGAAACACUCGGUGAUAUAAUCUCUGGUAUUGGAGCUGCCGGGCCUCCACCAACGCCAACCAUGGAUCCAGCUGUUUACCCACCUGUUCGAUUAGAUGACAUUCCACUAAGCCCAGUAUCGGACAGCAUUUUGACUACACCAAUCUCCCCACAAUCUUUCUCCCACACGCAUCCCACCGUCUACCAUAGUUUUAUGGGCAGAAGGUUUGAUAAAUCUGCAGUCAUCCGUUCAGGAUGGACAACUGCCAUUGGUAGAAUUCUUGUGACAUCUGCUGGAGGAAUUGGACUGAGCCGAGAAGACGAAACGGCGUUAGUGAAGGCACUCGGAGAGAAGGUAAACGAUCCUGACGAAAAGGUUCGUCUGACAGCUAUAAGAGCAAUCGGGGGAUUCAGUUUUCGAGACAUCAUGACCAAGUUGGCUCCAAACGGCGGUGUCAGCAAGCCUGGUUCGGUCCUGUCCAAUCUAACAGAUCGUGCUCGCGAUCGCAAACAUACUGUUCAGGUCGAAGGCAUGACAACAAUUGCCAGGAUUUGGGGAGUGGCUGCUGGUGAGAUUGCAGUCGGAAAUGAGGCGGUGAUCAGUACUCUCGGUGCCAUCCCAACCAAGAUCUUCGACGCUUAUUAUACAAACGAUCGCGAGAUAAACGUGAUUAUGGACCAUGUCAUGUUUGAACAGCUGGUGCCUUUGAAAUAUCCACCCGGAAAGCCCAAGGGAUCAAAGUCAGCGAACGGCGAAACCCAAGGCGAAACUCAGACUAAUGGAGACGGACCAUAUAAUCCGGACAGAAUUAGAACUGACAGAAUUCUUCUCGUUGUCAAGGGCCUGAACCCGAAGUCCAAAAAGGCUUUUUUUGCAAUGCAAGCCCGCCAGCCAGCAUACUCUCAGGUUCUGGCCAGCUUUUUAAAUUCCUGCGAGGAUUACAAUGGGGGGGUCAUGGAGGACGAUGCUGAGAAGAUUGAGGCGAAACUUGAUAAUGUGAUCGAGUGGUACGCUGGCCAGGCUCCGGAUCGUCUGAGGACUGCCCAUGAUCUUAAAAAAUAUGCUAAGUUGCAUGACCGGAGGAGUUAUCAGCUUUUGCGAUUUGCGAUGGCCCCGGAGAGCGAAUUCAAGACUGUUUAUAAUUCGAUCAAGGAGUUCUCGAAGCGUAUUGAAUCAGCCUCCAACGCCCCUGCUGGUCUCCUCGACACUCUGAUGCCAAUUAUAUAUCGCUCUUCGUCGCUCGUAUAUAACCGCAGUCAUCUUCCCUUCAUCAUGCAGCAUACCAAAGGAGACGAAGAUGAGCUCGGCGCAAUAGCACAUGAAAUUAUGCAUGAGAUAUCUGAGAAGCAUCCCAGUAUCUUCAAAGACAAUGUUCAAGAGCUGUGCAAAGCGUUGACUGAGCAAGCCCCUACCGCUACCAAGCCUAAUGAUAUGGGAAGUGUGGAGUCUUUGAAGGCUCUUGCACUAUUUGCAAAGAACCCAAAUAGUUCCAAACAAAUCCCAAAAGACCGUAAAUUCAUCUCGACAUUGAUGGCGUUUGCGCAAUAUGGCGAACCCCCUAAGGCUGCAAAGUACGCGGUGGCUAUAUUGAUGGCCACCUCAGAAAAGAAGGAGAUGCACGGGAAAGAUUUGUUGGAUAAGUCAACUCAAAAUUGGGAGUAUGGAAGCAGCCACUUUCUCACAAAGCUUGCUACUAUCAGUCAAUUGAUACUAAGUGACUCCUCGAUUGCCGACGAAGCAAAUGAUGAGAUUCUAGAUAUCGCUACUACGAAACUCCUUUUACAGGUUCGGACUUCAGCUAUGGACGACGAUCCAGAGUGGAAGUCUGAGGCAGAUAUUGAUGAAGAGUGCAUUGCCAAGUGCUGGGCUUUGAAAAUUCUUGUGAACAACCUGCGUGUGGUCCAUGAUAAGGAGACCCUCAAAACCUUCGCGGUUCCAGUUUACAAACUCCUCAACAAGUUGGUCAAGGAAGGAGGAGAAAUUUCGAAGAACAAAGAUUCGCCAAAGUAUCACAAAUCUCGAUUACGACUCCUUGCUGCGCAAUCGAUUCUUAAACUAUCCGCAUACAAAUUUUUGGAUAGCCUUCUUACACCCGUCGACUUCAACCAACUCGCACUAAUGACAAUAGACCCCAUAACGGAAGUGCGGAGAGGAUUUGUCGAAAAGAUUCAGAAGUAUCUGGUGAAGAACAAACUUUCGAACCGGUUCUAUACCAUCAUUUUUCUGACGGCUUUUGAUCCAGAUCUUGCCUGGCGAAAUUCUGUCGUUCUAUGGAUUCGUUCACGUGCCAAGAUUUUCGCUGCUCAGAAAUCCCGCUCGCUGGAGUCAAUCUUCCCACGUCUCUUGUCCUUGCUGGCCUCUCACCCGGACUUCAGUCUUGACCCGGUUGAACUUGUGGACCACGCAAAAUACAUACUGUUUUACAUCAACGCGGUAAUUUCAGAGGAAAAUCUGCCGUUGGUGUACAAGUAUUCGGAAAGAGUCAAGCAGGCACGCGAUGCGGUCAAUACGACAAAUCCCAAAAACCUAUAUGUCCUAGCCGAUCUCUCAAUGGCUUUAAUUAAGAAAUACCAAGAGAAGAAAGGAUGGAUUAUGCAGACAUGGAGCGAGAAGGUCGGCUUACCUGUUGGACUAUUCGCAGGCCUUCCCAGUCAUGAGGUUGCCCAGGAAAUUGGGGAGAAGAAUUACUUGCCUGAGCCAGAGGAAAUAGACUCUUUACUUGACAAGAUCUUGAAAGAGGCAGAUAGAAAACCGGUUUGUCUCAUAAAUCACCUCGAUAUUCCCAUCACAGUACUAAUGCAUGCGAGCAGAAACGCAAACCCGACGACAGAGACAGCAUUUCUCAACCCAGCAAGAAGCACAAGUCGGACUCCAAAGCACGUGCUUCCAAAACUCCGAAAGCCAAAUCAGAGAAAGCUCCCAAGGUGAAAAAGACCCCGGCCAAGGUCAGGAAACCAAAGGGUGACGGCGACUUCUCCGCUACAGGUGUAAGUCAUUCGGAACGCAGAAAGAGUGGCCGAGGAGCAAGUGCUCAGAAGAGCUACGCAGAUCGUGACUCGAGUGACGACGACGAAGAGAUGCUUGAUGGUGUGGCAAAGUGGGACUACUUCUCUGAGGAUCCUGAUUCUCCUGGUGAAGCUAAACGAAAGCGAAAAAUGACCUCCGAGGCCCCAUCUGAAAGCGAUGUUAUGUCACCACCCCCAGAAGAAGAGAAUGCUGAAGGUGCAGACGUGGAAAUGUCUGAUGUCGAGCGUGACCAAGAACUGAAGACCGUCUCUGACAAGCCACAAGAGGAAAAUGGGUCUGAGCUUUCUGAUCUAGAAGAGCCUGAACAUGAACCCCAACCUGAAGAUGAAGAACAGGAGGUGGAGGAGGAGGAGGAGGUUGAAGAAGUUGCGCCCACGCCACCACAGACCAACAAGAAAACCCCUUCGAGAUCUAGUGCGAAGAAACCUACACCAAGUUCGUCUGCAAAAUCAAUGUCCAAAACGAAAGCCAAACCUGCUACCGCCAAACCAAAAUCUUCAAAGACUCCUGUCAAACCCGCUACGAAAGGAACAAGAUCUUCGGCACGCAAUACAAGAGCAAGUGGGAAUGAGUAAAUCUCCUACCACCGCCACAAAUACCGAUGCAAACAUGCUACCCGUUGAUAUGCACGCAUAUAACUUGCUCUGUUCUGAAGCGUCUAUGUCAGAUAUUGAAUACGAUUGAUCAGAUUGAUUGUUUGAUAUAGAGGUUUUCUACGAGUGCUAUCGAUGUUUGCGGUUCUCCUUGCACUUCGUCUUGCUUUCACGGCCGAGGUUGCGAUUGACGCUUGUUCCUUUUCAUUUUCUUCUUGAACACAAUACCCGUUUCUUUUUUUUUCUUCUUUUUUUUCGAUGUAUGGAUAUAGUUUGGGACGAGUGGCAUCAGAUUGGGAGAAAGCGGGGGCUUGGGAAUGAUUCCUGGCUAAGUUUUCUGUGUGCUGAAGUGUUUGUGAUACUAUCAAAACGAGGGACGGUGUGAAAUGAGCGUGGAAUAUAAGUAAGGAAAAUAGCGGAGCAUGAAUGUAUUUUAUUUGCCAACAUAUA